AUGUUUGCGCCUUUGGCUCAGACCGUCGAAAGUGGGUUUUGUUCCUGUCUGUGGUUUUUGUUUUGCUCCCUUGCGCCGCCCCUGACUUGCUUCCACAGAAGUGCCACAAAGCGUAAGGAUUUGGGCCUUCUGGUGUCCAGGUUGAAUGGCUUGGAGGCUCUUGUCGCCGAGCAGCGUGCUCUCAUGAUCAACUACGAUGUCCCCGGUCACUCUACCUCGACCGACGCAUUGCACCCUUUUCUCCCCUCGACGACGGGAAUACUACAGGAUCCUGAAGUGGAUCGGCAUCAACCUCAACAUCCACCGCAGAACCAGGGUGAAGAUGGCCUUCCGAACGAUGCCAUUGCUCAAUUGGAUCAGAUCAGCUUUCCCGUCAGCCGGCCGUCCGAACCCAGUCCGGACUGGGCAUACUUGAACUUUUCUGCAGACGACUACUCCUUCGAGACCGACCAGAUGGACUUUCCCGCCCCGAGUAUAUCCACCGACGAAGAGUCCUCGCCGUCCACGAUGAUUGUCGCCCCUUCCCCGGAAGACGCGUCUUCUGAAGAGGGCGAGGACCCAGACUCUGAGCUGACUCAGGAGCUCUCAACUCGAAUGGGCCGACUUCAAAUGGCCGAGGACGGCAAUAUGCGCUACUACGGUGCGACUAGCAACAUGCAUCUGUUGCGGAACGGACUGCAGUCGCUCUUCAAGCCCUUUACUCAGUCGGUCCGAGCCAACGGGCAGGACGCCCUCGUACGAGCUGGUCUCGUUUGGGCGUGCCAUCCAGCCUACGAGCAGCACUUGACCGACGUUUUCUUCACCUGGCACGCUCCGUUGUUGAAUGAGGUAGACCAGGAUGUAUACCUGAGGGAAAAGCAGCGUUAUGAGGCGGGAAUCAACACGCCGUUCUUUUCUCCAACACUUCAGAACGCCAUAUACUGCGUUGCCACCACAUAUGCGACGUGGACACCUCCGACCAUCAAAGACGACCCAGCGCAGUUCUUCGCCCGUCGAACCAAAGUGUUGCUCGACAUCGAGAUGGACUGCCCAGCCAUGGCGACCGUCCAAGCCAUCCUAGUCAUUUCAUCAUACGAGGCUUCCAGUGGUCGAGAUUCGCGUGGUACCUCCGACCCAGGCCAGGCAGUUCAGAUGGUCACCGAUCUUGGUCUACAUUUGAAUCUCGAGGUGGAGACGGACGACGACGAGGCCAAAGACGAGCUUGUGAAGCUCCGGCGCGCCAUAUUCUGGAGCGUCUAUUCCGUCGACACGCUUUGGAGCUCCUACAUUGGACGACCCAGUUUGAUGCACAAGCUCGAAAGCAACGUGCCACUUCCAGAGAUCAAACCGAAUCAAACCCCGGGGUUGGGUUCCUUCUCCGCAAACCAGAAUGCCGCCAUUACCUAUGUUCCUCGAUACAUGGCCGAGUUGACCAUGAAGAUCGGCAAGAUAACAGAUACAUUAUAUACCGGGAAACGGAUCUGCGCUGAAGAGGCUCGUGUUUUCGUCGAUUCCAUGUCCCAGGAGUUGGUGGAGUGGAAGCAAUGCCUCCCACAGCUCCUACAAGUUGACACCAGCUCGAUCAUGAUUGCAGGGUCUACGAGUGACGAAUAUGCGUCUGCGGCCGUGUUGCAACUCUUAAUGUUGUAUUAUCAAGCCGUCAUUCUCCUCCACCGACCAUUUCUCGGCGAGUCGCGGAGUUUUAACCCAGAGGGCGUGUCGCCUCCGUCAUCGUCCUCGACCUCGACCGAAGUCAGCAGCGGCACAUUGCCAGGAAAUGCUCCUUUCGCCCGACGACUGUCCCAGUCCCUGCCCCCGCCUGUUGGUCAUCGGUCGUCGCACGCCUUCAACUGCACCACGUCGGCGACGCAGAUUUGCAAACUGACCAUCCUGUUCCGGCAGCUCUUCACGCUCCGCCACGCCCACGCCGAGACGACGCACAUCCUCGUCACCGCGGGCCUGAUCCACGCGUACAACUGCUGCAUCUUCUCGGGCUCCAAGUGCCAGGAGGCGCAGAAGCUGCUGCUGAUCUGCAUCCAGGCACUGUCCGACAUGGGCCAGAUGUUUGUCAGCGCGAAUCGGGGGCUGGAGGUCCUGUUGUCGCUCAAGCGGAAAUGGCAGAACAAGGACUCGGUCUCCAGGGCGCGCAAGUGA